CCAGCCUUCUGUGAGUUCGGCGCCCGCCGCGCGGUGGCCAUGGGGGCGCGGCUGGGCCGGCGGGCCGGGCCUGAGGCAGGCUCCGAGGCCGGGGCGGUGGCCGGCUGCAGGCCCGCGCCCUACGAGCGCCGGGUGCGGUGGCUUCGCGAGAUCCAGUCCACGCUCCGCGAGCGGCGGCCGGAGCGCGCCCGGCAGCUGCUGCGCCUCCUGCGCCAGGACCUGGGCCUUGAGGGGUCCCUCCUUACUGACAUCCUCUACAGAGAUGUGGCCUUCCUCAACCUGGUCGACCCCAUCUCCCAUGACCUGCUUAUGAACCUGGCCCGGGAACUGCAGUGCCCCAAGAAGGACUACGAGCUCUGGAAGUCCUCGGAGAAGAUCUGCCGACAGCUCAUCUACCACCUCACCCCUCACUCGAAGCAGCAGCAAGGGUCCAGCCUGUGCCAGAGGAAGACCCAGAGCUGCCUCAAGGGCAGCCUCCAGAAGACUCCACUGGCAGAGGAGACUGUGGACCUCUCAGGCAUCCCACUGUCGGUACGGGACGUGCAGCACAUCACACACUAUCUGAGCAGCCACGGUGCUGUGCUGGCGGUGCUGGACCUGAGCUUCACAGGGCUGAGUGAUGAGCUGCUGCACCUGCUGCUGCCCAGCCUGUGGGCGCUGCCCCGCCUCACCCAGCUCCUGCUCAACGGCAACCGGCUGACGCGGGCUGCUGCCCGCAAGCUCACCGACGCCAUCAAGGACACCACCAAGUUCCCUGUACUGGCCUGGGUAGACCUGGGCAACAACGUGGAUGUGGCUUCCCUGCCCCAGCCCCUGCUGGUUGGCCUGCGCCGGCGGCUGAGCCAGCGCACCUCACUCCCCACCAUCUACGAGGGCCUGGACCUUGAGCCUGAGGGUGGUGCAGCCGGAACCACCACCCCUGCCUCCACCUGGGACUCCACAGGUGCUGGGCUGGGACCCGAGCCCCGGGCCUGCUGCACCAGGUGACCCACCACCCACCUGGCUCAUUGCUACUGACUUGUGAUGCCCUCAAGCACAUGGUAGUGGGCCAUGAAGGUCGAGGAGGACUCACAGGCCCCCAGAGAUCCAGUGCAAAUGCUCAGCCUGAGAUUAAGGGGACAGAAGGAGAAUGGACUCAUAGGAGGCCAGGAGGCCAGCCCCGGCUAGAGGCUCAGGCUUCCCUCAGUGGGAGGAGCCCUAACACCCAUAGUGUGGACCCCGCAAUAAAGAGUGACACCCGCCUCUGCUUUUCUGCA